AAACCAAAGUUUUUAACACCUCUCACAACCUUUUUAUGGUUUGUAUUUAUCUACUUUUUCUGGAAACUUGGAGAUCCUUUUCCGAUUCUCAGCACCAAACAUGGUAUCUUCACCAUAGAACAAGCAAUCUCACGUAUAGGAGUUAUUGGUGUAACUGUAAUGGCUGUGCUUUCUGGAUUUGGUGCUGUCAACGCACCAUAUGUGUACAUGACUGUUUUUAUGAGGAAGGUUGACCAACAUGCGAUCACACAAAUGGAAAGGAAGCUCAUGCAAACUAUGGAGAUGAUAGCAAUCAAAAAGCGUAAGGUGGCACAAUAUGAAAGAGAGCUGGCCUUAAGCGCUUUUUCACGAGGGAAAGAUGAAAAUACCGGUAUUUUUCAUCGGAUAUGGGGUACUGUGGCCAGCGCAGCCGGUGGAGGAACCUUAAUUGUGGAGCUUCGCAACAUGAAGGAACGUAUUGAAUACAGUAAAACAUGGAUGGGAAAGUACUUCAACGUGCUUGGACAUUUCUUUUCUGUUUAUUGCAUCUGGAAAAUAUUCAUUUGUACAGUAAAUAUUGUAUUUGAUCGAGUUGGAAAAGUUGAUCCAGUAACGAAGGGCAUAGAAAUUGGCGUGAACUGGAUGGGCAUUGACUUAGACGUUCGAUUUUGGUCUCAACAUAUCUCUUUCUUCCUUGUG